AUGGAUGCAAUCCAACUUUAUCAUGUUGUAAAUAAAAGAAAGACGUUUAUUGGAACUUUCGUUUCAUGUCAUUAUUUUGAAAUAAAAGACCAUUGUGGGCAAUCUGAUCAAAUUGUACUACCAAACUACAAACUAUCUCUAAUAAAGUCCUCUCCCUACGUUACAGUGCAAAACUCCAGUUCCAAAAUCAUUCUUAAAAAGGUUUAUUUACUGAUAGUUGGAUAUGUGGAGGGAGCUGCACCUACUAAUUUACUUACUGAAGGCACUUACGGGCGACGACAUGGAAUUAAAGAAAAUAGAAGCAGAUUUCUUUCCAUAGAAACUAAGGGCCUCUUCCACUCAGGUCUUGUGGUCCCUUUUCCACCACCGAGAUACGUAUUUGAACAAACCAUGCAGACAGUCAAUCUAAGAGAUGCAAUCUCUCAACAAGGCACCAGUAGACAUGGCAAAUGGUCACUUUUCUUGUCCUGCUUCUAUUUGGAAAUAGUUAAAUAA